CUGUUAUUAUUAGACUACACUCAGUGUGUAGGAGAACUGCCUCUACCUCCUGGUCACCUCUGUGUCAGACCCACUCACUGAGUGCAAGGAGUUAGUGUUUAGCAUACCCCGGGCACUCACAGAGUACAUGAGCUUAGUUAUGGACGCACAAGACAUUCUGAGUAAAGGUGAUCUACGCGUGGACCAGCUGCAGUCUCCAUGCAAACAGAUGUAUGUAACAGACUGUGAGCGUGUGCCGGCCAGUCCGUCUGGCGUCACCCAGGAGAAAGGUGCUGGAGAACCUUUACAUGAUGAGAUAUUUAAGGACGAACAUAUACAGCCGGAUCCCUGUAAGGAAAAUCAGUCUGAUCAGGAGAUACCACCAUCCCAGCCUCCAUCAACCACUUGCACUAUGUGCGACAAAACAUUUGAUACCAGUAGCAUGCUAACAGAGCAUGUAGAAAGUACUCAUUCCCAGUCUGGGCUUCCCGACAAUUUCUCACAGUAUUUUUGUGCAGAAUGUGGAAGAGGGUUCCAAACCCUCCUAAACCUGGAGAAACAUCAGCUGCUUCACCGUGGAGAUAGACCCCAGCAGGUCUCAUUCUGGGGCAAAAAGCUAUUCCAGUGCUGCUAUUGCAGUCGUCGCUUCAGCACAAAUACGCAUCUUCAGCGACAUCACAAAAAUUGUUCUAAGAAAGACCUACCUCCGGAACCACCAGGGACAAAGGAAGAGGAACAUGUCUACAGGAAACGUAGGGUCAGACGACGCGUUCCACAUAAAGAUGAUCUACGCAUUAACCAGCCACAGCUUUCGUGCAGAGAGUUGUAUGAAAUGGACUGUGCUCGCGUGCAGGGCAGUUCUCCUGGCGUCACCCUGCACAAAGGCGCUGGGGACCCCCUUCAGUGUUGUAUCGCUUCGGAAGAUGAGAUGUUUAAGGACUCACACGUGAAAUUGCAACACAGUAAGGAAAAUCAACCUGUACAGGAGACGCCGCCUUCUUCAACAACCUGCGCGGUGUGCAACAAAACCUUCCCUAACAGCAGUGCUCUGACAGACCACUGUGAGAAUGCUCAUUCUCAGUCUGAGCUUUCCGAAAAGGUCUUUGUGUAUCGCUGUGGGGUAUGUGGAAGAGGUUUCCAAACCCUCCUAAACCUGGAGAAACAUCAGCUGCUUCACCGCGGAGACCGACCCCAGCAGGUCUCAUUCUGGGGCAAAAAGCUGUUCCAGUGCCGCUAUUGCAGUCACCGCUUCAGCACAAAGAUGCUGCUCCAGCAACAUUAUGGAGAUUUUAGCCAGAAAGACCUACCCGAGGAGCCAACGGAGACACAGGAUGAGGAGCAGAGCCACAUGAGCUGCUUAGAGUGUGGACUAAACUUUACAGAGGAGGAAGAUCUGCACCAACACUACAUACAACAUGCCCGUGGGGAACUGUAGUGCCACGCAUCCCACAACUCUCCUAACACUGCAAAGACAAGUUUGGUCAGAA